UCCAUCCCUGGAAGUCUGACCCAAAACCAUUUUUCAGGAAAAUCGCUAACGAUACAAAAAGAAGACUUAAAAUGAGCGAAGCCCCGGUUUCUGUGGAGAUGGAGCCAGCCUCCACGGAGCAUAUGGUGGCCAACAAUAAGAUUCGUUUCUCGAAGGAAGUGAAGCAGGUCAUUGACAAGGUACUUAAAACUGAUGACCCCAUGGAUGCACCAGACUUCAAUACCGUUGACUACAUUAACCAGUUGUUUCCCAACGAACAAAGCCUAGCGGGCAUAGAUGAAACCAUUCAUAAAAUGCAGUGUGAGGUGUCGCUGAUUGAUGACAACAUUCGAUCCGUGGUACGGGGCCAGACGAAUACCGGCCAGGAUGGACAGCUGGCACUAAGUGAAGCCCAGAAGGUUAUCGGGUCGCUUUUUAGCCACAUCAUCGAUGUUAAGACGCGGGCAGAACGCACGGAGGAGAUGGUCAAGGAGAUCACCCGGGACAUUAAGCAGCUGGACUGCGCCAAGCGCAACCUGACUGCUGCGAUAACCACGCUGAAUCACCUACACAUGCUAGUCGGUGGCAUCGAAAGCCUUAACAAACUAAUAGAGCGCCGAUCCUACGGAGAGAUUCUUAACCCGCUUCAGGCUAUCACCGAAGUUAACCAACAUUUCCAGCAGUUCUCCGACAUCGAGGAGAUCAAGAACUUGUCACAGAGCGUGGACAAAAUCCAAGUCACUCUCGCCCAACAAAUCACCGAGGAUUUCAAGGAGGCGUUCUCGGCAAAGUCCUCCGGCCAAAAUCAGCACCGAUUGGGACUCAACCAGUUGGCUGAUGCCUGCAAGGUGAUGUCCGUUUUGGAUCCGAAGGUUAAAAAAGAGCUUCUAAAGUGGUUUAUUGCUAAGCAAUUAGAGAAUAGAUGCCUGAAGCGGCAUCUUCUUGAUUUUGAGGUCAAGUAUGGUCCCGUUUUUCCGCUGGAUUGGGAGGUAUCGGAGCGCAUUACUGUUGAGUUCUGCCGUCAGACGCGGGAGCAGUUGGCACAGAUCAUGGCCAAACGUACCAACGAAAUUGACGUCCGGCUACUGCUUUUCGCCAUCAACAAGACCCAGGCCUUCGAGCAGCUGCUCGCCAAGCGCUUCACGGGAGUGACUUUGGGAGCUUCUCAAUCAGAGCCGCCAGUGCGAGUGCUUGCAGCGCCUUCUGCAGGUGACACUCCUACUGGCAUAACCGUGUUCCAUGAUCAAAUCGGGCAGUGCUUUAAGUCGCAUCUCGACAUCUACAUUCGUAGCAUUGACAGGAAUCUUGCGGAGCUAAUGGAAAAGUUCGUAGAGAUGUCCCGCGAGCCAUAUAAGUUCGCCGAAGCAAAGACCACCGUGUAUCCUAGUUCAGGGGACCUGUUUGUCUUCUACAAGAAAUGCAUGGUGCAGUGCAACCAGCUCAGCAACGAGCAGCCCAUGUACGAUCUUGCACUAGUUUUCAAGAAGUACCUCCGUGAAUAUGCAUCAAAGGUUCUGGAGGGCAGCACACCGAAGCUUGUGCCCGCUACAACGGGAAGUUCCCUCGGAAAAAGUGUGUCUCUGCUGACUCGCGAUAUGCAAAACCUUUCUACGGCCGCGGGUCAGGUUUUCCACAACUUCCUGAAAGAGGGAGACACCCAGCGUUUCUCGCGAGACGACCUCGUUCGGAUAUGCUGCGUUUUGACUACCGGCGAGUAUUGCCUCGAGACCGUCCAGCAGCUUGAGGACAAACUGAAGGAAAAAGUGACUGCUGUCUACGUAAGCAAAAUUGAUAUGAGCGAGGAGAAGGAUGUGUUUCAUCGCAUUAUAUCGAACUGCAUCCAAUUGCUGGUACAAGAUUUGGAGGCUGGAAGAGAGGCUUCUUUGCAAGCAAUGGCUAAAGUACAGUGGCAGCAUAUCAACAACGUUGGAGACCAGAGCGCCUUCAUUAGCAGCAUGUGUGGAAACUUUAAGCAGACGGUUCCAACCAUUCGGGAUACAUUGGCCAGUUCACGGAAGUAUUUUACACAAUUCUGCCAUCGAUUUGUGGCCGCCUUUGUGCCAAAGUUUAUAAACGUCCUGUACCGUUGCAAACUUACUUUGUCCGAUGGGUACAACAAUGUGCUGGGCUGUGAGCAGCUUCUAUUGGACACUCACUCGCUCAAAACGGGAGCACCAACCAGCUACACGAAAGUAGAGGACAAGGAUAUGACCCGGGACGAGAAACUACCAGCGCAUUUUUCGCAACAAGUACUUAAACUGUUACCCGAUAUCACCAUCGCCGAUAUCACCAAGUACAUGAAGAUUCUUGACAUGAAAGCGGUCAAGCGUGUGGAUCAACUGCAAUUGAUUGAUCUCUUCAAGCACACGGCCUCGGCAGCUGCGGUUAGUGGUCUGAUCGAGCCAACUGCUGGUGAGGAAGAGGCAGGUGGCGUAGACUCCUCAACCGGAGCUUUGGGAACCUCUGACGACGCCGAUCCAUCAACUGCAGCAAUCGAAUCAACGGCAAAUACAUCCAAUGCUACAACGUCUUCCUCCACACCCAAAAGAGCCUUUAUUUUCAGCGUUGGAAGUUUCACGGGAAGCGCAGACAAGAAUGCCGAUGGGAGCUCCCAAACUGGCAUUCGAAAAUUAGAAAAUCUUCUGAAGAAACGAUUUUCUUAAUCUGUCUUCAAAUUGGAAACUCGACUUUGACAUUCCCCGGAGCUUUCUAGGAUGUAGUUUACCAAUAUUCUGUAAUUUAUUUUACAAAUCCGGAUUAGGUUAUGGAUGUAUUUUAAAAUAAUAAUAGCACAAAAAAAUUGUUUUUUAACUUUAAAAAAUUCCAUUUUUGAAAACAUUUAAAAAAUCUUCCGUUCUGUUAUCGAUGUUUAGUUUUGCGCCUAACAGCACCAAUGUUAGCACUUUUAAGGCUAACAGCUGACUAUUACAGCUGAUCUGACGUCUGAUGAAAAAUAAACACUUAUAUGAAAAAGUAAAUAGAAACAUAAUUCUUAAACGAAUGCGAAUAUAAUAAAGCAACAAACAUUAACGCCCAUUAAUAU